GAAGAAAAGCAAAUUCCUCAAGAUGGAGCUAAAUGCUGCAAAAUGCGUCACACGAUGAAGAGUCGCAGAUGACCAAAAGGCUUCCAGAUGAUUCCGUUUCGGGCUCUCGGAUUUGUUUGUUUAAUUAUUGGCUUCAGCGCUGCAUAUGAGCCUGCAGCUGGAGCAAAUGCAGCCUCCAAAAACCACUGUUCCCGAAAAGAUUGCAAUGGAAUACAAUAUGACAUCCAAGAGGCUGCUUGCUGUGAAAACAAACUUCAUCCAGGUUCAAACCUGUUUUGUUGUGGAAAGGAGCCUUACAAUCCUGGUACAGCCACUUGUUGUAAAGUUCAACAUGGAAAGAUCCUCACAGCCAGUGUUACUCAGGGUCUGAGUGAAAAGGUGUCCAAGUGCUGUGACCUGAAGGCCUACAACCCAGUCAAUGAAAUGUGUUGUCAAUCAACCAUCAUAUCAAAACCUGGACCAAUGGCUGAAUGCUGUGUUAAAGAUGUUUUUGAUGAGGACAAGCAGUUGUGUUGUGGUCCAGCUGAUAAUAAGACAAUUCUGGUGAGGAAUUCCCGUCACCAUGAGUGCUGUGGUCACAGCCAGUACGACACUGAGACUCAGUGCUGCUGUUCAAAUGAGGAGAAGAUGGAGAUACAAUCGAAGGAUUCAUCCUGCUGUGUCAAGAAUUUCACUCCAGGCCUUUCAAGUGGAAAUACCACCUUCAACAAACCUUCACCAAAGCAUGGAUAUUGUGGUGAAGAGAUUUACGAUAUGGAAAAUAAGUUGUGUUGUGGUCCAAAUAAUGAUAAAAAGAUCCUGACAAAGAAGUCCAGAGAUCAUGUGUGCUGUCAUCAUGGCCAGUUCAACGUCAAAACUGAGUGCUGCUGUUAUAACAAUCAUAUUGCUGAAGUACAGUUGACGAAUUCAUCUUGCUGUAUGAAACAGCAGAUAUUCAAGCUCCAACCCAAAUGCACUGAACCAAACACACAUCUCUGUGGGUCGUCGUGUUACAAUCCAAAGCAAAAUCGCUGCUGUGAGAGUAACCACGAGCCUCACUCACUUGACAACUCAGGUCAAAGGAAGGCCACAGCCACCGUGUACAACCCACAUACUCAGGUCUGCUGUGAUGGACGUGUAUCUCCGUGGAAGCCUUGGAUCGAUCAGUGCUGUGGAGAGACGCCGUAUGGCUCGGCACAACGUGGAGCUCUGUCUUGUAAUAAGACCUUGUACGAGGACAGAUAUGAUGGAGAGGAAUGUUCAGAGAUGGGUAUUCCUUACAACCCGGCUAAAGGGACCAUAUGUUGUUCUCAGUUUCAUGGCAGCCCAGGACAACACUGCUGUGGGACAGAAAUUUACCGGCCUCGUACUGAGAUCUGCUGCAAUGGACACAGACAUCUGAAAUCAGAAAACAUUCACUGCUGUGGGGUCAAAGCCUACAACAUUAAAGACCCACAGAUGAAGUGCUGUGCAGGAACACUGUACAAUCUGACAUCAUUAGACAAGCAUGGAGGGGAUGCGCAGUGCUGUGGAUCCAUUCUGCAAAAGCCACAGGACAUUUGCUGCUCAAGUGAGGACAAAGAGGUGCUCUACUCUGCCGAAAUAGGGUUCAGAUGCUGUGGUCACCUUUACUAUAACACCACCCUGUGGUCAUGCUGUGCUGGGGGGCUGAGAAGAAUCCGUGAACCAGGACAGGAUCAGAGAAAGAUGAUUAAUGGAUCCAGACUUCUAUCUGUGAAUAAUCUGAACAAAAUCGAUCUUUGCAAAGAAAUGCACAUUGGGACUGUGGAAAGUGUGUCGCUGCAGAGCAUUGUGUUCAGGAGUGUGCUGAAGGUCCAUGGGAUGGAGGCCAAAGUGAAAGCUCUGCCUUUCCCUUACAUCCUGGAAAGAGAUGAUCGCUGCAGCUCCCCUAAACUGAUUGCUGGGAAGACCUACUACUUUAACAAAGUUAAUGUUUUCAUUGAUUUCAAUCAUGACUCUGUUCUUCAGUCACUCCAUUUCAUUAUUUCCAAAUGUUCAUCUCAGGUCACCACUGGCUGAAGUAUACAUGGUCAGUGUGGAUCUGUUGCUCCCUUCUUUGAACAAGUUCUCUUUUUUUCACAUAUUUACUCACAGUGUUGGCUUUGUCACACAGAAAAUCAAUUAAUUACACAUCACAUUAUACUGGUUAACAUUUUUUUGCAAAGUAAUUUGUUACCAUAUUUAUUACAGAGUACUUGUUGCAUUGCAACCUCAUAUACUCACCCCAAAUUACUCUCUGAUGCACCCAUCACAGUGUGAAUGUUUGCUCGAACUUAAACACAGAAAGAAGUCGUUGUAUGAAUGUGUGAAUGAGGGACGUUGUAUCAAGCGCUUUGAGUGCUCAGGUAGGGUAGAAAAGUGUUAUAUAGAAGAACCUGUCCAUUUAUCAGUAGUAUACAAUACUUCACAUGAUAUGUUGUUUAUACAUUACUCUGCCUAUGUCCAGCCAAACCAUGUUGCUCUGUUGUUUAACACAUCCCAAGAUGUCUUAUCACAGACAGAAUUUAGGUACUUUAAGUAAAGAAAACAAAAAACAAUGUAGCUUUUAACUUCAGUUUUACAGGGAUUCACAUUGUAGUGAUUCACACAACUUGACAUUAAUCAAUACUGUAACACAGUAAGCUGGUGCACAAUGUUGUUUCUCAAAUCUAAAUUUGAACAAAAUCUAAAUGUAACUUUGAUUCUUGCACUGAUCUAAAAUACAAGGGACAACUGUUUGCACAUGUCCUUGAACCAUACAAUUCAAUACUUGCGGUAAAGUCCAUGAUUUACUGUGAUUGUUAAUUCUAAUGAAUGAUAAACACUUAGUGCCAAUAUCAUGAAUACAAAUAUGUUAGAAGGACCCACUAAAAAUUCCAUGAAUUUCUGUUUCUUUGAAUGUGAUUCAUGUAAAAUAGUUAAUGGUAAGGAUAGGUAUGGGAAUUUAAGAAUGGUAAGGAAUUUAGUAAGGAUUUGAGGGACAUUUAAGCUAUAAGCAAACAUAAACACUGCCUGCUUGAUUUAGUGACUUUGUUGUUAAUAUAAUAUAUUGCAUAUAUAUAUUAUAAAUGUUUAUAAUUUGAAUGGACCUUUUAUCCUUUAAGGAUUCAAAUAAAUAAAUGCAAACACUACUUAAACCUGCUGUGUUUUCUCUUGUAUUCAAAUACUGUAGCUUCCCGUUAAUAAAAAGCAACGUGAGCAAGCAAUCUAAAAUGAUCUACCCAACCAAUAUACCUCUGUUUGGCCUCUUCUCUUAAUGUAGCUUUCAUUGUUAAUAAUAAUUAUAUCCGCUCAAAACUCAACUGACUUAUAGUUUCUUUGAGUAUUUUCUAACACAGUCAUCUCUGAGCAUUACACUUUUUUUCUGUCUUUGCACAACAUAAAACUAUAUUGUUGACUAUAAUUCGUAUCAAAGCUGCCAGAUAAAAUAGUGUAGCGGGUCAGGGUUGUUUUGGGGUUUUGUUGUUAUAGUUCCGUUUUCUGUUGACAUGGUGAUGAGUGACGCGCUCUCUCGGCGACUGUGUUUCCGGGGAGAGAGCGCCUUUUUUGUUGUUAUGUGUGGUUGCCGCGCUGAGGAGGGAGGUAGCGGCAGUGUUCUGGGCCGGUUGCGAAUAAACGGGUGCUCCCAAAGAAACCUCUGUCUCCUCCGUGUCUGAGCUCGCCACAAUAGGCUAAAAGAAGAAAAAAACACAAAAUACUUCCCAUUCUACUAUUAUCAGUUGCGUGGGUCAUCAGCGACAAUCUUUGAUCCUCAUUUUGCUCAUAAAAACGUUUUUAUGUUUAUAUUCACAGAUUUUUUCUUUCAGCUGAUUUUAAAAUCCCAGCUGACUUCGGGCGAGAGGGAGGAUACACCCUGGACAGGUCGCCAGUCUGUUGCAGGGCUAACAAUGAGACCGAGACAACCAUUCAUACCAUUCGACAUACUAACUGUACCUCUUUAGACUGUGGGAGGAAGCCGGAAAACCCACGCAAACACUGAGAGACCAUGCAAACUCCCCACAGAAAGACCCCGGCCUGAUGGUGGAAUUCAAUUGAGGACCUUCUUGCUGUGAGGCAACAGUUCUACCAUCGUGCCAACAUGCUGCCUUUUGUAGAAAUCA